AUGGUCAGCUCCUGUUGUGGCUCCGUCUGCUCUGAGGAGGGCUGCGGCCAAGGCUGCUGCCAGACCACCUGCUGCAGGCCCACCUGCUGCCGCCCCAGCUGCUGUGUGUCCAGCUGCUGCAGACCCAGCUGCUGUGUGUCCAGCUGCUGCAGACCCAGCUGCUGUGUGUCCAGCUGCUGCAGACCCAGCUGCUGUGUGUCCAGCUGCUGCAGGCCCAGCUGCUGUGUGUCCAGCUGCUGCAGGCCCCAGUGCUGCCAGUCUGUGUGCUGCCAGCCCACCUGCUGCCGCCCCAGCUGCUGCCGCCCCAGCUGCUGCAUCUCCAGCUGCUGUCAGCCCUGCUGUGGUGGUUCCAGUUGCUGCAGCCCCUGUUGCCGUCCCUGCUGUCGUCCCUGCUGCCGCCCUUGCUGCUGUCUGAGACCAGUCUGUGGUCAGGUCUGCUGCCAAAGCACUUGCUACCGUCCCACCUGUGUCAUCUCCACCUGCCCCCGCCCCAUGUGCUGUGCCACCCCCUGCUGCUGA